UGUGGAAUCUAACACACCAAACAGUCAAAUCUGUGUUGGUCUCUUGGUAGGAAGUGCCCUUUUAGCCGUAGCUUUUCUGGGCACGGCAGGAGUUACGCUAGCUUGUCUUUAUUAUCGUAGAGAAAAAGUCACAGGUGAACAUAAUGUAGAUGAAGAAAAGACUUUAAAUAACUCGUUAAAGCCUUCUCCAUUGAAAGUUGCUCAUUAUCCUAAACCAUCAUCUCGACCCCCAUCACCUACAACCUAUUCCAAUUAUCUAAAUAAUAAUCUCGUGGUUCCUCAUAAUAAUAAUUUUAAGUCAACACCUGAAUCAUUAAAUAUGACUUAUAUUGAUUCUUGGGACAACUAUAUUGCACACAUCAUACCAAAUUUUGCAAAACAAACUUAUGAAUUGGAAUCUGUCAACGAACAACAAUUUAAUGACGAUAAAAUUAUUAAUGAAUCAAAAGAUAAAAAUCCUGAAAUAACGACAAUAUCACAAUAA